UAAUUGGCACUCUGAUUAUUAAAAUUCCAAACGUACAGAAGCAUUAUCAUGUUAAAAUAUAUUACUCUGUUUAUAUUUUUAAUUCUAUCUUCUUUCACAUUAUGCCAGAAAGUAAGAUAUGAUGAUUAUAGUUUAUUUAAAAUCUUGCCGAAAAAUCCAUCUGAUUUCAAAGUGUUAGAAGAACUUCAGCAAAAUGACCUGCGGUACGAUUUCUGGACCAGUCCCAGAGCGGCUGUUGAUUUUGUCUCAGUCAUGGCAGGUCCGAAGGAAAAGGACGAGUUAAAGAAUUUUCUGAGUAGCCACGGGAUAAAUUAUGAAAUACCAGUAUCAAAUAUUCAAGAGGCAAUAGACAAGGAAUCAGUUAAGAACUACACAGGAAGAAGUUCUAGUACAAUGUCAUGGAACUCCUAUUAUGGACUUACUGAUAUUUACGUGUGGAUAGAUGACUUGGCGUCUUUGUAUCCAAACAUAGUAUCUGUCAUCAUAGGAGGAGAGACAUACGAAGGUCGAGAUAUUAAAGGUUUAAGAAUCUCUCACGGUUCUGGUAGAAAAGGUAUAUUUAUUGAAAGUGGUAUACAUGCGAGGGAAUGGAUUACAGUGGCGACCACAUGUUAUAUCAUUAACCAGUUAUUGACGAGUAACGACACUGAAAUUCAACAAAUUGCUCGUGAUUACGAUUGGUAUAUUUUCCCAGUGACCAACCCUGAUGGAUACUUACAUACGUUCACUAGGGAUAGAAUGUGGCGUAAGAAUAGACGUCCGAUUAAUGCUAACGCAUAUGGUGUGGAUUUAAAUAGAAAUUGGAAUAAUAAUUGGCUAAUGCACGGGGCCAGUUUAAAUCCAAGCACACAAACGUACGCUGGACCCGGACCGUUCUCAGAGGUCGAAUCCAGAACUUUAUCCACAUAUAUUGAAGAGUUGGGCAACCGCAUCGAACUCUAUCUCUCCUUCCAUUCAUUCAGUCAAUUGUUGCUGAUCCCAUUUGGUAACACGACGGAACCACUGGCGAACUACAAUGACGCGGUAAACAUCGGUAGGAGAGCUAUGGGGGCGUUAUCAGCUAGAUAUGGAACAAUGUAUACUACAGGAAAUAUAGCUGAAGCUAUUUACUUGGCCACAGGUGGUAGUGUCGACUGGGUGAAGGAAGUGAUAAAGGUACCUCUAGUAUACUGUUACGAAUUUCGGGACAAAGGACAGUAUGGGUUCAAUUUGCCAGCAGAUCAGAUCUUGCCAAAUAGCGAGGAAACCAUGGAUUCAAUAGUAGAACUCAUAUUCCAAGCUAGAAGAUUUGGAUAUUUGGUUUGAAGUACGCUUCUUUAUUGGUGGUAUCAUAUGUUGUAAUAAACUAAAUAAUAAAAAAUUAUUAAAAAAAUA